CUAAUAUUAAAGUUUGUAAUAAAAGAAAAAAGGGGUUGUUCUCGACUUGGAAAUCUAUAUUUCCCAUUUAGCACUUACGUGCCCAACAGGCGGGAAAUGAUAUUUGGCGGCACAGUUGGGGUAUUCCCCUGUCUCAUAAUAUUAGAAAUAUUUUGGCGAGCGUGGAUUUUGUUUGGGGGUAAAAUGUGGAGUCCUAGACAGCAAUUGAUGCGGUUAACCCGUUCGUUGCGAAGUGGAAGAAGUUUAGAGCUUCCUGCAGAUCCAGCAGCAGCUGUAAGGAUCCUGAUGCCAAUGGUGUUCGCUAACCAACAUAAAUCGUUGAUGGAACUUCUGGAUAAUUCAAGUUUCGACGUAAACCACGCAAUCGGGCGGUCGAGGCGAACAUUGUUGCAUAUUGCGGCGAACUGUGGGCAGUUGGAGUGUGUGACUGGUUUGUUGAAAGUGGGUGGGGAUCCCAAUGCUCAAGAUAUUGCUGGAUGUUGCGCAAUCCACCUCGCUGCGAAGAACGGGAACAAGAAGUGUGUGGAGAAGUUGUUGGAGGCGGGAGCUGAUCCGGAUGUUGCGGAUAUCGAUGGAGUUUCAUCUUUGCAUUGGAUCGCUGUAAGUGGGAGGUGGGAGAUCUUGAACUUGAUCCUUCUUCAUACAACGAGGAUUGAACCGGAGGAUAAACAAGGACACACACCCCUACAUGCUGCAGCGAGGAAUGGGCACGAGAAGGUGAUCGACAUCCUUGUGAAAGCAGGGGCCAAUGCUAAUUAUAGAAACGAACAUAGUUGGACUCCGUUGCAUGCUGCGUGCAGUAACGGGCAACGACAAGCUGUAUCUGCAUUGUUAUCUCAUAAUGCACAAGUGUGCGUUGACAAUGAGGGGCAAACACCAUUAGAUUUAUGUUUACAAGGGGGGUACGGGGUGGCUAUCGAACUAUUGCUGGAUAAAUACCCCAAAAGUUUGACGACAUUUAUUAACAAUGCCGUGUACAAGCACGAGUGGUCGAUGGAACGCGUGGCAAGCUGCGUUCGUUAUUUCGCAACGAAGUCGCUCGGGCGUGAAAUAUCUUUAAAAUUGACGGAAAUUUGCGUCGACACUGGAUUCCAGUUGUUAAGUUUGUCGUCUACGUGCGAGACGGAAGAAUCGAGUUUGUUACGAUCGACGUCGCUGUUGAUAUCAUCGUUGUCGGACGAUCUGGAGAGUUGUUUCAUAUUAUUCGAACCGUUGUGGAAGGCGCUGGAGGAAUGGAUCUUAUUGCUCGGCAGCAAGCAUGAGGGUAACUAUGGUAACAUGAUACCGGGGAUGGGAGAAAGGGUGAGUGUACUCAUAGAGGUCUUUUGGAAGUGUAUUUCAACACAAGAUGGCACCAUUAGUACCCCGCAGAGGUUUCAUGACUUCAUCGUUCGACACCAUGAUGUCAUAAACGUCAUUAUUACUCAUAAUCCCAAAGUUAUUUUCAAACAUUUUACGUUUCUACUUCACGACCCCAUUCUGAUGUCAUACUUCAUAACCACUGUGACAUCACAACCGUUCGAGGAACGUUACGAAUGGUUUUAUAAUUGUUUAUACGAGGGUGGUGUGCCAUCCACCACAGCCAACCCACCAACCUUGCAAGUACGAAGGGACAAAGUGUUUGAGGACAGUUGCCACGAAUUGAAGAAAAUCAACCAAAGUAAUUUGAAACAUAAGUUUUCCGUCCAGUUUAGCAACGAGGAAGGGAUCGGGGAUGGCGUGUUCAGAGAAUGGUUUAGUGUUUUAUCGAAUGAGAUACUUAACCCUGAGUAUGGCUUGUUUAUUCAAUCGUUCGACGGCUGUUCGUUCCAACCCAACAGUAGAUCGUCUAUCAACCCAGAUCAUCUGAGUUAUUUUGAGUUUGCGGGGAAAAUAUUAAGCGUAGCAUUAUACCACAAGCAGUUAAUCAACGGAAGUUUGACGUCAUCGUUCUAUAAACAUCUGCUUGGCAGGAAAGUUGAUUACAGAGAUGUUGCAUCGAUCGAUCCCGAGUACGCAACAAACCUUCAGUGGAUACUCGAUAAUGACAUCACUGAGAUCGGGCUUGAGUUGAGUUUUGUCGUCGAAACUGACGUUUUCGGACGAAUGGAAGAAAUCGAGCUCACACCGGGUGGCAGUAAAGUGGCGGUAACGGAGGAAAAUAAGCAAGAAUACGUUCAGCUCGUCACGGAGCUACGAAUGACGCGAGCCAUCCAACCACAACUUGAUGCUUUUAUCCGCGGUUUCAAUGAAAUUAUUCCGAGUUAUUUGAUCCGGAUCUUCACAGAGGAUGAGAUGGACCUCAUGUUCACUGGAUGCAAAGAUGUUGAUGUUGGGUACUGGAAAAGCAUCACUGAGUACUCGGGAUGUUACAACCAACAUCAUCAGGUCAUCUUAUGGUUCUGGGAGUGUGUGGGGAAGAUGGACACGGAGGACCGGUCGUCACUCCUUCAUUUUGCAACCGGACGGUCCCGUCUUCCCUCGCCAAGCGUCAAACUGUCCAACACCUUCGUUAUAUGCAAUAUGUCGUCACAGAAGAAUCUCCUCCCAUCGGCAAGCACAUGUAUGAGCAUGUUACGACUUCCUGAAUACGAUUCCUAUGAUGUUCUUGAAACCAAACUAUUGACGGCAAUUAGGUGUGGUAGUCAUGGUUACACACAAACAUAGAAACAAUAUAUUGAUCGUACCAGCACUGCUUAGAAGAAUUAUAUAACCUGUCGCUACCAGACAAAAUAAAAUAUCUCUUCUAGUAUUUAUUUGUGUAUCGACGCAGAGAUAUAAUAUGUUUCCUUACAUUAUGCUAUCAGUAUUUUGUCCGUUCAUUUUCAUUCACCCGGGUUAAAGUCAAACUGUAUAGAACGUUUAAACAUUGUUGCGCAAAUAAUGGCAGAAAGACUGUUUUAAAAACAAAGGGCAACUGUAUAUUAUGUCUAUAUAUUAUUUAUAUUAUAUCUAUUAUAUAUGAUGUUUAUGUUUUACUCAGCGGCCAGCACUAACCGCUUGUUCACUGUAAUAAUUUAACAUUAUCAAUUUGCACAAUUGGCAAUUAUGACAUCAUAAUAUGCAGUAAAUGUUGAUUGUCCCGUUGUAAAUGUUCCAGAAUAUUUAUUCUUAUAUUUUGUGAUGUAAUAAUUAAUUGUUUUUAUUUCUAGAA